AAAGCUGCUUCGAUAUGAAAAUUUUUCAGUAGUUUCGACAGGCAAAAUUAUACACUGCACCUCUAUAACAGAAGACGUUAACGAUGUCCAAAAAGCUCGAUGUGGAGGGAAAACCGCUGACUGGGCUGGGAAUCUUGAAACUGUUCUGCAUAUUUAUUGUCGAGAUUUUAUUGGGAUGCUUGUCAAUCAGCUUAACUGCGUGGAAAAUAAUACGUUAUGACAACCAGCCUGUCUUCCGAUUUAUGAUGUCCAGAGCGCUCGAGUUCGUUGCUGUCAUCUGUUUACUUUGCUCGGGUAUUCUACGACACCAAGGCAUUCGGCGAUUCCUGUUCGGACCACCACAGGCUGUCCUGUUCCUGUUUGCCCUUAUAUUGAAUGUUGUCGUGCUGACGCUGCUCAGCACAGAGCUGGUGUGGAUCUUGGCUACCCUGGUCAAGAUGGUCCUUUGCCACGAGAAUGUUGUGCAAGAAGAAACUGUGUGGAUGUACGGUAUAAUCCCGUUUGUCCUCGAUUUCCUGAUGAUAUGCACCACGUACCGCGUCUUACCGGCCAACGUACGCUUUUAUACGACUAUUGAAAUAGAAAAAGCCUUGAAAAGGGCUGACGGUGCCGAACAGGAAUGUGGAGAGAAAACGGUGGCCGAAAAUCAUAAUAUUCCACUGAUACUUGUACGCAGUCCGCCUCUCGCUAACGACAGCACUAAAACGGUCGAGGCAACAGGCUCAGACGAUUACGAAUGUUGACUAAUUCAGAAGUUAAAUUAAUAUUAUUCGACUUGCCUUCUAUUAAUUUUAUAAUAAGAAUAUCUCGGUUAUGCAAACUUAAUUUUAAUAUGUGUUUGUCCACGUGUUUUCAUCCUUUAUUUGUGCUAAUACUUUUGGCUUGACGUGACACAAAUGUUGGCCAAAGAGAUACGGAAGUUUAUUUUUGAAGUGUUUAUUUGUGGUUGUUGCGUCAAAAGCACAAAAUUACUUGUUCUGUGU